UUUCUUCUUCACGCGCUCUCUCCAAUUUCUUCUUUUCCUUACACUAGGAAAGCGAGAGAGAGCUGCGAGAGAGACUGGCUUAAAAAAAAAAAAAAGAAGAUACAAUAAUAAUCAUAUAUCGAUUUCAUCAAUUCAAUCUUCUUAGAGGUUAGGGUUAGGGUUAUCCCUAAUCCGAAUACAACUAUUCCUGUUCUCAGUCUUUUCGGAACAGAACUGAAAAGGAGCAAAAGAAAAAGAAAAGAAAAAGAAAAAAAAAAAAGAAACAAAAAAAUCCAAGAUGGGAGCGAAUUCUCCAUCGUCAGAUUCAAUCUCCGAUCUUGAUGAACAGAUCUCGCAGCUCAUGCAGUGCAAGCCACUCUCUGAGCCUCAGGUCAGAGCAUUAUCUGAAAAAGCUAAGGAGAUACUUAUGCAAGAAAGCAAUGUUCAGCCUGUGAAAAGCCCUGUGACAAUCUGUGGCGAUAUUCAUGGGCAGUUUCAUGAUCUUGCAGAACUUUUUCGAAUUGGAGGGAAGUGCCCAGAUACAAAUUACUUGUUUAUGGGAGAUUAUGUGGACCGUGGCUAUUACUCUGUUGAAACUGUGACGCUCUUAGUGGCAUUGAAAGUACGCUAUCCACAGCGAAUAACCAUUCUUAGAGGAAAUCAUGAAAGUCGCCAGAUUACUCAGGUUUACGGGUUCUACGAUGAAUGCUUGCGAAAGUAUGGCAGUGCUAAUGUUUGGAAAAUCUUCACAGACCUUUUCGACUAUUUCCCAUUGACUGCAUUGGUUGAGUCGGAAAUAUUUUGUCUGCAUGGUGGAUUGUCGCCCUCGAUAGAAACCCUCGACAACAUAAGAAAUUUUGAUCGUGUUCAGGAGGUUCCUCAUGAAGGAGCAAUGUGUGAUCUUUUAUGGUCUGACCCAGAUGACAGAUGUGGUUGGGGUAUAUCACCUCGAGGUGCUGGAUAUACUUUUGGGCAGGAUAUAUCCGAACAAUUUAAUCAUACAAACAGCUUGAAGUUGAUUGCUAGAGCACAUCAGCUUGUUAUGGAUGGAUUUAAUUGGGCCCAUGAACAAAAGGUAGUUACCAUAUUCAGUGCUCCUAAUUAUUGUUACCGCUGUGGAAACAUGGCUUCUAUAUUGGAAGUUGAUGACUGCAGGGCCCACACUUUCAUUCAGUUUGAGCCAGCUCCUAGGAGGGGAGAGCCUGAUGUUACCCGUAGAACACCGGAUUACUUCCUGUAAAUCAGCCCUCUGUUGCACCAGUACCACUGCCCCUCUCUAUCCCUACUUCAUGCUCAGGUAGUUGGGAAAUCCUAGUUACAAGAGACAUCUACUGGGCUUAAUAUUUAUAGAACUUUCUGGGCAUGCUUUCUUUCUGGUGGAUGCCGAGAUUCCAAAAGCAUGUAUAAAUAGGCCAGGUUUUGUGCUUUUUGUUCUGUCUUUAUACUUGAAACAUCCCCAAAUAUUCUCCGCAAUCAGGCUAAUGCUCAUGGCAGUUUAUCAGCAAUAGAUUGUAUCCUUCUUUAGCUGAAUUGUGGAUAUUCUGUUUUUAUAUUUUACUUUUAUUUUUGUCCCAAUCUUUUGGGGGCAUGUAGGAGGAUAAUGGAUUUGAUAUCUAGUACUCUUUCUUCA